AGAGUGAGGUGAAGCAGAGCCGAGUGGGGGAAAAUAGAAGGAAAAAGAUCAGGUGUAGUUUUGUUCCGCUGAAAGUAAUUUCAGCGUUUCUAAAUUUCUUUUUUCUCACCACAUUCCUGCUAAGGAGGCAGCUCUACAAAGAUGAAAUACAUCAUAGGCAUCGGAGGCGUCACCAACGGUGGCAAAACCACCCUGACCAAGAGAAUCAUCAAGGCGCUCCCCAACUGCUGUGUGGUCCAUCAGGAUGACUUCUUCAAGCCACAAGAUCAAAUAGAAGUCGGGGAAGACGGCUUUAAACAAUGGGAUGUGUUGGACUCCUUGGAUAUGGAGGCAAUGGUGAGCACUGUGCGUGCGUGGAUUGAGAACCCAGUGAAGUUUGCCCGUUCCCACGGGGUGAAUGUCACGCCUGGCUCUAAAGAGCCAGCCUCCAAAGAUAUCCAUAUAUUGGUCAUUGAAGGCUUCCUGCUUUAUAAUUACAAACCACUGAUAGACCUAUUCGACAUACGCUACUACUUGGCAGUUCCAUACGAUGAAUGCAAAAGGAGGAGAAGUACACGUAACUACACUGUUCCUGACCCACCGGGUCUCUUUGAUGGACACGUCUGGCCCAUGUACUUAAAACACAGGAAAGAAAUGGAGGACAGCGGCGUUGAUGUCGUUUAUUUAGACGGACUGAAGUCUAGAGAUGAACUUUACAAUCAAGUCUUCGAAGAUAUUCAGAACAAGCUUUUAAAUUGCUUAUAGGGUCUCGGAAGACCUGAAAGACCCAUUUACAGAGUGAUGUAAAUAGUACUUAGAAGUCGGAAUGAGGGUUUAUUUGUGUAAACUCUUCUUGUACUGUCCUUUGGAAAGUAUCUUUUGUAUAUAAUUGAAAAAAUGAAGAUAACUUAUUCACAACUCUGUGAUGGACAGGUUUUUUUUUUAUUUUCUUAUUUUAUAUUCCACUGGCUUAAACAUAAGUUGGAAAUGCAUUUUUAUAACGGAACAAGUAGAGCUGCGUUAGGAAAACAACUGACUCUUCUGCUUAUGUGCUUCUGCAGAUAUUAAGUCUUUAAGUAAUGGCUUGUUUGUAAUGUCAUCUCUUAAAUUCAGUAAAAAUUAAUUUAAAAUCUCUUUCUUUUGAGGUCCUG